UUUCAUAAUUUUCUUUUAUUUUCUACAGAUCAUUGUAUUAUCAUCUAUCAUGGCCUUGGGUCUUUCUGCACCAGCCAACCCAGCCGAUGAAACUGCGGAAACUUUAAAAUAUGUCAACGUUGUGAAUCCAGAUGGUAGUUACACAUUUGAGUAUGAAUCUUCGAACGGCAUUAAUUAUGGCGAAAACGGUAUCGGUGCUGAAUCGGCAACCGGAAAGUUUUCCUAUACCUCACCUGAAGGUGAACCCAUCCAAUUGACUUACACGGCCGAUGAGAAUGGUUAUCAACCACAGGGUGAACACUUACCCACACCACCUCCAAUUCCCGACUAUAUUUUGAGAUCAUUGGAAUAUAUCGAAACACAUCCUUUCCCAAAGGUCCAGUUGUCAACAAAGUAAUUGCUGCGAAUAGUUAAAUGUUAUUGUGUAGAUAUGUUUUUGUUAUAAAAUAGUGAAAUUUUUGUAUUAAUUGUAUAAUAGCUUGAUUUUAAGAAAAAAAAAAAAUAAAUAAAAUAUAUU